AUGGCUUCCGUUUCCAAGCUCACCUGCAUCUACUCAGCCUUCAUCCUUCACGACGACGAGGAUAAGAUCAAUGCCCUCACUAAAGCAGCUAGUGUAAAUGUGGAACCUUUCCAGCCUGGCUUGUUUGCGAAGGCCCUGGCCAAUGUCAACAUCGGGAGCCUCAUCUGCAGCAUAGGGGCAGAUGAACCUGCACCAGCAGCUGGGGCUGCACCUGCUAGAGGUCCAGCCCCCACAGCUGCUGCAGCCCCAGCUGAAGAGAAGAAAGUAGGAGCACAGAAAGAAAAAUCUGAAGAAUCGAAUGAUGACAUAGGCUUCGAUCUUUUUGACUAA